AUGGUACGUAGCAAAAACAAACCUAUCAUUGUGUGUCUACUUUUGGUCGGAACGGUCCUAGCUCAUCCUCAAAGGGGAGGUCACCGAGGAUCUGGAGGUUACAGUCAUGACAGCAAUCACCAACCGGCUAGUUACAGUUUCGGCUACAACGUGAACGACAAUUAUCAGGGAGCCCAGUUUGGGCAUGACGAAAAGCGCAAUGGGGACUCGACUUCGGGGAGUUAUUUUGUGCAUUUGCCCGAUGGUCGGAUGCAAACUGUGACUUAUUCGGUGGAUGGUUAUAAGGGUUAUGUGGCUGAAGUGAAGUAUUCGGGUAAAGCCCAAUUUGACUCCCCACCACGCAAAUCUUCAGGGGGCUUCAAAGGAUAUAACUGA